UUGUAGGCGAUGAUGGCGGAAGGGGAGCAGCGCUGACUUUUCUACGAGUUCUUACUGCGGCCGAAGAACCGUCUACGACACCGUUUCUCUCCCUUCGAAACCCCUUUUUCCCGACACGAUGGGGAACGAGGCGAGCAUGGAAGGGGAGGGACCGGCGGGGCAAGGCGGCCCCUGCGCCGUCCCUGCAGCGGGGACUCCGGCUUCCAUUUCAGCACCGGCGGACGCUGGACAGCUCGUCAAGCCGAGCAACGGAGCGCCUAUCGGGGGAAGCGGCGCUGGAGUCGGCCCGGGGAUUAACAGGCCGCCUGCAUCAGACCCAGGCCCUAAAGCAGGAGUACACAGCAGCCAUGGAACAGGAGACAGGUUGGCCUCCCAUGACACCCCACCGUCCCAGGGAGAGCAGGGCCACGAUCAUGUGUCCAGGAAGAACUUGCAUGUGGACGUGGGAAGCAGCAAGACUGGAAGGUCCCCUUCGGUAUCCCCGGAUCGAGGCAGCGUCCCUACCUCUCCUUACUCUGUGCCUCAAAUAGCGCCCAUGCCCAGCAGCAAGCUGUGCCCUGUCUGCAAAAUGGCUGACCUGACUGGCACUGGUGAUGACAAGCCAAACUUCAACACGUGCACGAUGUGCCGCUCCAAUGUGUGCAACCAGUGUGGCUUCAACCCCAACCCGCACCUCACUGAGGUUCAGGAGUGGCUAUGCCUAAACUGUCAGAUGCAGAGAGCGCUGGGGAUGGACAUGACCACACCACGUUCUAAGAGUCAACAACAGAUACACUCUCCUUCUCAUGCUGCCAAACCAGAACCCGGACUCGAUGCUUCUUCCCAGCCAACCCUUCAGACACAGAUGCCUCCUGAGACACGACCUCCAGGGCAGACCCCUCCGGACCCCGUCCCUUCCAAACAGACUCUUCUGCCUGGCUCAGGUCAGCGAGUGACAAAGUUGCCUCCGGGGGCAGUGCCUCUCCCUGGAAUGGCCAAAGCCCCAUCCCAGCCCGAUUUGUCCAGAAACUCCCCCGCCCACCAGCCCCAUCCGCCCCGCCAAGACCAGACACGCAGUGCAGGCAGCUCCCCCUCACGACAGCCCCCACCACCUGAGCAGACUUUUGGGAAAUUAUUUGGCUUUGGUGCUUCUCUCCUUAACCAAGCCAGUACGCUUAUAUCUGAGACCACUCAACCCCAACAACCACCCCCAAAACAAUCGCCCAAACCAGGUGUAGGACCUGGGGCACCUAAACCCUCAGGAUCUCAACCUACACAACAAGGUUCUCGAGCUCCACCUCAGCAGCAGCAUCAACAGCAGCAGCAUAGGGAGCAGCAGCAGCAGCAGCAGCAGCAGCAACCUGCUCCUCCAAAGUCUUCUAAACCCAAAAUUUGUUGUCCUCUUUGCAAGACAGUCCUCAACACCGGCAACAAAGCCGAACAACCCAACUAUAAUAUCUGCACCCAGUGCCACUCCCAAGUCUGCAACAUGUGCGGCUUCAACCCCACUCCUCACCUGGUGGAGGUAAGGCUCAGAUUCGGUGUGUACAGUGCAACACUCCGCACACCAUGCUUAUGGUUUUCCAAAUGAUUUAUCGACACUCCAGUGAGAGAUGCUGUGUCAUAUUAUUACCCAGAGGGCCUUGUAGUUAUGAAUUUGUCCAUGUCUGGUGUCAGUAAGAA